ACUUGCACUGUAGGAUGCUGUGUCACAAGCAGUAGUGCUGCCCCAACCCCAAUCCCCCACAAUCCCCCAGCGCAUCGUUUCAAACAUGAAACGCAAACCGCUACUAAUAUCCCCUGAAGUCUGACUCGUCCAGCUUUGCAUGUUUGCACAUGGCCAGAAGGAUGAAUCUAAUUCCCCACCCUGAAGUGAACCACUCAGGAGUUUCCGCAUUUUGAGUCCUGUCCUAAACCUUCUCACCAUCAAUAUCCUAAACUCCAGCACCUACCAACAGAAUACUGGAUUCUGCUGUCAACCACGUAAUAGUAGCCAUAGCAUGGCCAUAUUUUAACCGUCACUCUUCUCACAGCUGCACAGCUGAACUGCAAAGUGGUGGAGCAUGGUGCAUGCUCUUUCCCCACAGGCUCAGUCAGCAGGUUGGUUAGAGCUGAUUUUAAUCGCACAUUUACCUAUCAAUGCACAUGAAAAGGGUGACAUGCAAUAUAUAUUAAUUGAGUCAUAACUUACUGUAUGAGCUUUGUGGUGAUAUUGCUUUUGCUUCGGGUCCCAUAUAAAUGGUAGGCCUCUCAAAACAACAAACAUGGUUAAGUAUUUAAAAUCAGCAUGACCAUAAUUAUUAACAUUUCAGAUAGUCGUUUCAAAUGGACUGAAAAUACAUUUCAGACACAAAGGCAACUUUGUUGAAGUGCCCCUGAAAUCAGGAUGCACUUUACAUUUGCGUUGUACUCUGCACUUGAGCCACAAUUAUGCUAAAAUGAGGUCUGUUUGAAAAUAAUAGAACCAUGGAAUGUAUGGGGGCUACUACAAAAGUGAGGUUAACACUUUUCAUGUUGAUCCUGUUAAUGUAUGGAGUAAUCUGUGUUUUAUGUGACUCCAUUAUGUCUCAGAUAGGUAAAGAAGGACAAUUCACAACAAAACCAUCUCAUUUGUCUUUGUGUUUGUUUUGUUUUCCCAUCCCAUCUCAUCAAUACAUUUUUAGGUUUUGGGAGCUUUGGAACAAAUUGUCUUUUCUCAUUCUGAGCAAAGCCAAAUGGAGCUCUCUGACAAGGACUUUUCAUCCUUAAAGUCAUCAGAGAGACAGAGACUCCCUCACCCUCAUCUAAUUUGGCAAACUGAGACUGAGGCUGGGGCUGAACCGAGACGUCUAGACGCCUGCGAUGUCAGUGUGUCCCCAGAUCAGAUUGUUCCCUCCAUAAUAGAAGUAGUGGACAUACCAAUAAUGGCAGCCCCUGAAUCUAUCACACCAGUACCAGAUCUCCUAGAGCACAUGUCUAAUGACACUCAGGGUGAUUCAAUGCAAACAGACAAUGAAACCGAUCAAUCCACCGUACUAGAAGUCGAGUUGGAUGGAUCACAAUACCAAACAUCCCAAAGGCAGCUGAAAACUGAAGACGUUAUUAAACCUGAGAAGGAAUCUGUUCUUAGACAUGAGGAAACCACAGGAAGUCAGUAUGGAGGAGCCUUUGCAACCUUUGAGAACAAUGGCUCGCCACCUGAAAAACAUGCAGAUUAUCCACUUUGUCUACAAACAGAGGACAUUUGCCUUCCACCUAACACAGAGGACUCCUCAGCAGAGACUGCAAUAACGUCUUGUGAUUUUCUUCUGUUGCGUAAUCAGACAUGUUUUGAAGAACACAGGGUUACUCCAGAUCUGAUACAACUCCCCCAUGCCUCAGUGGCACCCCAUGAAGAAGGUCUUAGCAUGUCGAGCAGCACAGAGCCACCUGCGAUGCAGAAAACCCAAGAGCCCAAAGCAGAAGAUGAGUUUUUGUUUUUAUCUGCUAUAAAUGUGAUCAUCCCCAAAUCACCUGAAGAAUGUGAAGAAGCCGGAGAGGAAAAAUUGAGUCAAACUUACUCUACAGAACUAGUUGCAUCAGAAGAGUCUGAGCUAACAUCUGACCGUGGCAUAUUACUAGAGAAUCUGCAGGCCCUUAUUCCAACGGAAAGCGACGUAAGUGAUGACACAGAAAUGAUUCCUCCUGGUCAGACACAUUCUGAUCCUGGCCAGGACCACUUAGGCAUUGUUAACACAGCUGAAGCAAGUAGUGAAAGUAUUUUUGAUCUUACUGCUUCAUACGUCAGUUUAGAUGAGACUCCACACACACCAGAAACAAUCAUAUCAUCAGGAUGUCUUGUUGAGGAAUUUGAAUCACAAGUCACUGACUUUACCCUAAAACAAACUGACCCAUCAUUUUCUGAUAAUUUGGUAAACCCUUCAUUAUUAUUUAAUAACAAAAAAGAUACCAAUCCAACUGCAAUAAAAAGCGAUGUAAGUGAUGACACAGAAAUGAUUCCUCCUGGUCAGACAUAUUCUGAUCCUGGCCAGGACCACUUAGUCAUUACUGACAAAGCUGAAGCUAGUAGUGACAGUAUUUCUGAUCUUUCUGUCUCAUACUUGUUAUACUCUGUCACAGAUGCAUCCCCUACCGAUUACAGUGUGGAUGUCACCGAUGCAUCCCCUACUGAUUACAGUGUGGAUGUUGAGGGAGAAUGUCUCUGUCAAACUAGUCUGGACAUGCAGUAUUUCAGAUGCCAAAUCUCUUGUGGAGCUACGCAAUGCUCUCCUGACAGCACAAACAUUUUCCAAGACGUCAGUUUAGAUGAGACUCCACAAACACCAGAUACAAUCAUAUCAUCAGGAUGUCUUGUUGAGGAAUUUGAAGCACAAGUCACUGCCUUAACCCUAACACAAACUGACCCAUCGUUUUCUCAUAAUUCUGUAAACCCUCCAUUAUUAUAUGAUAACAAAAAAGAUCCGACAGAAAUAUCAGACUCACAACAACGUGUAUCUGCACCAGGUGAUGUUCACUCACAGGACAUUGAUGAGUCUGAUAUUGAACUGCCUGCUCACGAGUGUCCUGAUCUGCAAAAGUCCCUUAUCCCACCUGAGUGUGAUGUGAUAGAUUACAAAGGAGUAAUUCCUCUACUUCAGGCACACCUUCAUCUUAGCAAGGACCAAGUAGAUAUGGUGGAAAUAGCUGAAGCAUGUUGUGAAACGAUUUCUGGCCAUGACACUUCACAACAGACACACUCCGUUACAGAUGUAUCCCAUACUGAUUGCAGUGUAGAUGUUGAGAGAGAAUAUUCCAGUCAAGCUCCUCUUGACGUGCAAUAUUCACAGAUCUCUUGUGAAACCUCCCAAUGUACUGACAAUGCAAAUGUUUGCAGUUCAGAUGAUAUUCCUCAGACCACAGAUGCAGCCAGAACAGGAUGCCUUAACUUUGAGGUGCAAGUGACUGACUUAACCGUAAAACAGGACAACCCAGCUGUUUCCGAUAAUUUGGCAUCAAACAUCGAAUUCACAUAUGAUAAUGAAAGUGUUACCAAUCCAACCGAAAUCCCAGAGUCACAGCACCUUGUAUCCACGGCAGGUGCCGUUCCCUCACAGGAGAAGGAUGAGUCCGACCUGAAAAAGACUGCUCAUGGAUGUUCUCAUCCCAUUUUUGAUUAUAUUCCCCUGGCUCUCAGUCAGAAGGAACAGCUAUCUGUGCCCUCAGAGAAUUACUCUUUAGCUCCUGAUAUUAGUAUAGAGGCAGGGACUUUUGAACUGACUAAGAGUGAAGAUCAUAAGCCACAUUUUGUAUGUACUGAGCAACCAUUGACCCUGAAAAAAGGGGCAGAAUCUUUGUUAGCAGAUGCGCCCACCACUGACGAACAACCUGUGAGUCUGUGUGCUUGGCAUGACUGUAACGAUGGUGCCACUGAUGCAAAGCCUACAGCUCAAUUCCAUGAAGACUCAGACCCAGAGAUGUACUUUGACUGUAAACAAACAAUAUCAGACCACUCUGAAGCAGAGCCUGAGGACAUUGACAAAAAGAGUACAUUUUCAAGGAGCGAUGCGUUUCCUGGUGUCAAAAUGAGACCGAGGAGCUCAAGGAAUCCAAGGCAUUGCGUUCUGCAAAGACAACAUCGUAGGUCAAUGCUGUCAUCAGGAAGUGAGGACUAUGAGGAUGCUGUGUUUACCCAAGGUCACACAGAUACAGCACCCAAGACGAGAGGCCCUACUAUGGCCAGCCCACUCGGUACUGCGCAGGCCUAUGGCCCGUCCCCACGAGUGGUCCCUCCCCCUCGUCGCUGGGCACAGUGCAUGGGGGAGGACGUCAGCCUGAAGAGGGAAGUUGAAAAUGAGCUAGGUGUACUGUCGGAUAGUUCUGAGGAGGACGUGCUUACCACCAGAGUCGUUCGGAGGAGAGUUAUCAUCCAGGGGGACGAGUCCCCAGAUCUUGCAUCACAGACCACAUCGGAGGAGCGGUACGUGGAUGAAGAUGGAAAUGAGGUGGUAAAGAAGGUUACUAGAAAGAUAAUCAAGCGUUGCAUAUCUGAUGGAGUUGAGAGAGAGGAGGUGAUGGGUGAGGGAAGUUCCCAGGAGCCUGUAAGUGUAGGAGAAGGGGACGGGUACUCCAAAGUGGUGAAGAGGACCGUACUGAGGAGUGAAGGACAUCAGACAGAGGUAACAUUUUGUGAGAAGCCUGGUGCCACCGGAGUGGUGGAGCAGGAGCAGCGGGAGGGUCCGGAGGUCCACCAAGUUGUUGAAACAUCACAGGUGCAGGGAGAGAGAAUGGAAGUGCACCACGGAGACACAACUCUCGCCUCUGAUCUACCCUCGGCCAAGGACGACUUCAGUGAGGCCUUGAGGUAUCUGGGGUUCUCAAAGAAAUCGCCCCAAAUUGUAGAGCAGCAAAUUGUAAAGGAGGAUGGAUCUGUUAUCAGGAGGACCAGGAUGAAUAGGGCGCACACACAGAGGAGGACCCAGGUCAAGGAUGCCCAGGGUCGGAGGAACGUUAUCGUCGAACGGCUUGAUGGCAGAGCGCAGAGCCCUUGCCUUCACAGCCAUCCUGGCAGCGUUCAGCGGCAUUUCCACCAUCUCAUCCACCAAUACUGUGCGGAGAGCAAGAGGCCAAAAGACGACGAGGAGGAAGAGGAAGAGGAGUGAAGAAGGGGUCUCCUCCUCUUUUCCUUCCUUUCCUGCAUAUUCCUACAUUUGCCCAAAAUCCACGAUGUGGCCUCACCCAAAAAAAAAAAAAGGUUAAAUAUUCUAUGCACCAUGCUCUGCCAUCUCAGAACACCCGUGUCUACAGUCUUCCUGUUCAACAACAGGAUGGGUCUCGGUUGGCUUGAGUUCCCUGGCAGAGAUGAAUGACUUAUUUUUUGUUUGUUUAGUUAGUAGCUGAUUUUGUCCUCAUUUCCAGUCUUCGUUCUCAAUAUUGUGGUAGAUUGGAUAGAUAUGUUUCUUGAACCUCUCCCUUGUUUCCCUUUAUGAUGUAAUAUUUUGCCGUUUUGUGACCAAAGAAUUUAUUUUUUAUUUUCCUUGUUGUUGUUUGCCCUGACUCGAUGUCUUGACUCUGUUUGUGAUGUUUUCAGAGAAGUCUAGAAAGCAUUUUCCUCAGUACUCGCCUCAGAUGGACGCUAACUAAUAUUUCUACUCAUAACAAACAUGCUUCCGUCUGACAAUGUGUUGCAUUGCCUGUCAUACUGACUGUGCUUAGAUAUCACAUAAUGAAUACUGGCUUCAUCAUUCAUCACAUAACCUGAUUGUUCUCCAAGGAUAAAGGAUACAGCUCUCAGAAAAUGAACAAAAGAAAUAUAUAUUUAUGACACUUUAUUUGACAUGAUCUUCACAUGACAAAUUCAUCGGGACAUGACAAAAUCAUAGCCGGUCAUGUCUGUCUACACGUGGCCUAAAUAUCAAAUCACCAAAAACCAGACUGUGUUUCCCUUUCUUCUUUACUGACUAGGCCGCUGUACACAGGCCUGACCCUCUAUGAUAACCUAGAUGGUUCUCUUUUGCAAUUAUCAUGUGAACUAAAGUGUUAAGGCUGUCUGUUUACACAGAUGCCUCUAUCUGCUGUCAGAGUGUUUUGUGUAUGUGUUACCUGUCUUUGAAAGUAUAAACAAUGUGCAUUUUUAGAGAAAAAAAAUGUCAGUAGUCAACAUUAGCUACAUAUAAGGAUUAUAGCUGGCAUGACUAGUUAGCAUCUGUCACUAUUUGCAAAAAUCAGUUUCAAAUUCUGAAUCUACCUGCAUUCUUCCCUGUCUGUCUUCCCCCUCAAGAGAUAGAAGAACAGCACGAGGAGUUUACUGUUUCUCCCCUUCAACCCAUCUGUGUUUUUGACACGCACUAGCACCUUCCCUCUCCCCCUCAGAUUAAACCAGUAUAUUUUGCUUUUUGCUCUCUUUGCGUAUGUGCGAGAGUGGAUUGAGAAGUGAAGGGAAUCUACAAAUGGCAUUUAGCAUUUCUGUCAUUUCAAAAAAAACCCUCAGGGUUACUCUGUGUGAUGUCUCUUUUUGCACUUUGUCUAUUUCCUUCUCUCCCCCCAAUAAUGGGGUGCUGAUGUACACCCCUGAGAUGUAGCAGAUUACCCAAGCCAUUUAAAAAUAACAGAUGUGUUAUGUAUGUAUGGUAUGCUCAGAAGAUGCACUGCAAAAGGGAUUACGAUGUAUAGGUGUUUUCGAGUCUAUUCUGAGAAGGGACAACUGGGAGAAAAGGGUUGAAAAGGUAGUCAAUAGAAAGAGAGCUUGGGUUUAUACACGUUUGAGUUGUGAUGGAUUGCCUGGCAUGGGUUCUGUUUGACAUUUUAGCACUGAGUUUAUUGGAAACAUUGUUUUGGUUUGGUCUGAGCCUUUUUUUUGGAUAGUGGAAUGCAACCGUCUACAGCGUUCCAUGUCUUCCUCUGGCAUGACCUGGUGUUACAACUUAACAACACGAAGACAACAUGUGUCAAGUAGUAGGCUUAAUCAGACAGAAGAUGAGAAUGAACUGGUUUACUUUUAUCUCUGUUAUCUGAAAUGUAUUGACCUUUGAAUGCCUGACCAUGUGUAUGUGUGGCACUGUGUGAGUGGCUGUUGAUGCAGAGGGAGGGAAUGUGGUAUUGAGGCAGAAAUCACUAAUCAAACACAUAUAUGAAGAUAUACUACUGGUUGAGCUAUACACUGAAUGUUCUCAUUUAUUUUUCACAGGCUUUUUGUGAGUGAAAUGAACAACGGGAAAUUACAGAGUUCACUGUGAUAGUCUGAUUUUCUUUUUUUUUGAGCCAACAUCCUGUGUCCAUGGUGAUGACUAUAUACAAAUAUACAUAAAUCUAUCUAUCUAUCUAUCAGGGCAUGUAUUAGUUUACUAUCUGACUUUUAAAAAAAACAUUUAAACACAGUACAAUGGCUGCAGUGUGUACAUGGCUGAUAGAGAAUAAAAACAGUACAACUGGUAAA